UGUGUACAGCAACAUGAAACUACAUGGCUUAUGCCCAGACUCAGGAACUAUGGUUGGUAUGCUUCAAACUUGUGCACUCUGUAGUGACUAUGCUCGAGGUUCUUGUGUCUAUGGGCAAAUUAUAAAGCAUGGGUUAGAUUCAGAAUGUCAUGUGGCAAAUGCUCUUAUCGAUAUGUUCACCAAAUGUGAUGCCCUCACUGCAGCAAAAUCCUUGUUUGACAAGUGUGGAUUCGAGAAAAGUACUUUAUCUUGGAAUAUAAUUAUGAACGGGUACUUACUCCAUGGCCAACCUGUAGAAGCUAUUGCCACUUUCAGUCAGAUGAAGGUUGAGAAUUUUCAGCCUAAUACAGUCACAUUUGUUAACAUCUUACGCGCAAUAGCAGAAUUAUCAGCCUUGAGAGUAGGAAUGUCGGUUCAUGCCAGUCUCAUCAGGUUUGGAGUUUGUUCCCACACGUCCGUAGGAAACAGCCUAGUUGAUAUGUAUGCGAAAUGUGGAAUGAUAGAUUUAUCCGAGAGAUGCUUUAUCGAGAUAAGAAACAAAGUAAUGGUGUCAUGGAACACUCUGUUAUCCGCUUACGCAGCUCAUGGUCUAGGAAGCUCUGCGGUCUCACUCUUCUUGUCUAUGCAAGAAAACGAACUCAAACCAGACUCUGUUUCCUUUCUCAGUGUUCUUUCAGCUUGUAGACACGCAGGGUUAGUUGAAGAAGGAAAACAAAUGUUCAAGGAAAUGGAAGAAAGACAUAAGUUCAAAGCAGAAGUUGAACAUUACGCGUGUAUGGUUGAUAUAUUAGGGAAGGCUGGUUUGUUUGGUGAAGCUGUGGAUAUGGUGAGAAAUAUGAGAGUGAAAGCAAGUGUAGGAGUAUGGGGAGCUCUAUUAAAUUCUUCAAGAAUGCAUUGUAAUUUGUGGUUAAGUAAUGCUGCAUUGUGUCAGCUUGUAAAGCUUGAGCCACUAAAUCCAUCUCAUUAUUGUCAAGAUGGGAGAUUAGUAGAGGUUAAUAAUGUAACAAGAAUUAAGAAUGUUCCUGCUUGUAGUUGGAUACAAGUUUGAGAACACCCAAUUCUUUUCAUUCUUCUUCUUCACAA